AUCCCGGUGUUUGUAGCCUAAUUGCGCACGUUAUAAAUGUGGUUUGCAAGUUAUGUUAACUUGACAGUAUCCUGAUAGGCGUGCUAUCUUGGAAUAUCAUACGCUGUCAUCAGUAUAUCGAGUAGAUCUCCUUGUGGCAUGCUCCACGUUUCUACUGACCGGCUGCAUACAUUAAAUGUCCUCACGAUCUCUGUGACACAUGUCGUGAGCAAUAUCAUGACCAUCAUACGAAAUUUGAUGAAUAUCGUUGUAUUUGCAAUGCUUGGCAUCAUCAUGCAUCAUGAUCCUUCGGUUACACGCCACAUAUCAGGGAUUCACAAAGAUGCUGACGUUUCUCGUUCUUGUCUUCUUGGCUGUCAAGAUUGCCACCGGAGUGAUCACCGCGAUAUCAAUAUUCACAUCUCAAAAAAGAAAUACUCAUUCUGUCCGGUACCUAUCAGACCGAUAACUAUUACCUUUGAGGAGGAUGAUCUAUAUCUGUUUUCUAUGACUUCGAUGCUCACAACUGCAUGGGAGGUCCUCACACUGUCUCGCAGUUUGGAUUGCUGUCAAAAACACUUUCGUAAAAUGCAACGACUAUCGAAAGGGUGGAUUAUCGGGGAUUGUUUCAUGGCGUUGAUGAAGAGUCACAUAGUUUACUUUGCAAGCUUUGGACUUAAAUAUCGUGUUUCUGUUGGCGUUCUUUUACGUCCAUCCAUAUUUUUGUGCUGGGAUCACAUCCGAUCCUUAGCGUUCGACACACGCUAGGCUCGUGGUUGACUCCGAUGCGGAAACCACCGCUACGACUAAGUUGCCAAUAAUACCGUAACGAUAGCCGCCGUCGGAUCACUGCUAGUCUACUACUUAUCUGACCUCCAUAUGCCAAUCGGGAGCGCUUCUGCCGGUCUUG